AUGGCGGGGCGGCGGCGGGCGCUGCUGCUGCUGCCGCUGCGCUGCCUCCUGCUGGGGCUGCUGGGCGGCGGCGGCGGGGGGCAGCCCGGCGGCGGCGAGUACUGCCACGGCUGGGUGGACGGGCAGGGCGGCUACCACGAGGGCUUCCAAUGCCCCGAGGGCUUCGACACGGCGGCCGCCACCAUCUGCUGUGGCUCUUGCGCGCUGCGGUACUGCUGCGCGGCUGCCGAGGCGCGCCUGGAGCAGGGCGGCUGCACCAACGACCGGGAGACCCCGGACCCGGGAGUCAGCGCCCAACCGAUCUACGUUCCGUUCCUCAUUGUUGGAUCAAUAUUUAUUGCCUUUGUUAUCGUGGGCUCUCUGGUUGCGGUUUAUUGUUGCACAUGCUUAAGACCUAAACAGCCGUCACAGCCCAUACGAUUUUCUCUGCGGAGCUAUCAGACCGAGACUCUCCCCAUGAUCCUGGCCUCAACGAGCUUCAGGACGCCAUCAAGGCAGUCCAGUACUGCCACAAGUUCCAGUUCGACCAGUGGCUCGGUUCGCAGGUUCUCCUUUCCCCGGGCAGAGCCAGGAUGCCUUGUGGCAUCGCCACCUCCACCGUACACAGCUGGCUGCUUCCAGACAGCCCACGCUGUCCACCUGACCCCGCCGUCGGGAUUUCUGGUGUCCCCGCCGUACUUCGGGUAUCCUCUCCAGCAAGAGCCUGUCCUGGCUGGGAAGAGCUGCUCCGAUUUUAGUCAGAGCUGAAGGAAGUUGUAAAGAAUCAGCACAGCCUUUGGAAGCACAGGGACUGCUGCUGCUGCUGCUGCUGCUGGGUGUCACACUGACAUUCUCUGUGGCUGCAGAUGUCAGAACCGUUCCUGUGGGUGAGUUGCCCGUAGAAAGUGGAAGAUCUCAUUUGGGAUCUCAUUUCCCAAACUUGGAUCACACUUACAAAUGAAUUCUGAAAUAUUCCAAACUUUUGCUCUGUAAAACUGACUGCUGUGGUUGUUCCAUCUAAUUUGUGCAGUGUGUGUUCAGAGACAAGUAGAAAAAAUGUUUUGGGAUAAAAGAGCUCAUUUCACAGCAUUAUAAAUUACAUUUUAACCCUAAAUGCUAUUAAGUUAGUUAAGAAACAGUGUCUCUGUUCCACUGACAAUAAUCAGACUAGCUCUGUAAAGCAGAGAAGUAAGAGAGGAGACAAAUAGACUAAAGAAGAUCCUGGAAACAGCUGACCGCUUCCCACUUCUGUGAGCAAUGAAAAUAAGAGGAAGGAUUUUGCCACAGAUAUAAAAAUGCAUAGGUGUUUACACACGAUAUACCUAACUUACAGUGUUUAUUUGUAUUAGUAAACUUUAACUACGAUAGGUAAAACUAAUUGUUAGUUGAAAAGAUGCCAAUCCAAAGCAGUCAAACAAUUUAUCUAUGAGAAAAGCAGAAGGUAUGCAGCAAUAUCACUAAUAAAUUCUCUGCAUAGAGUCCUAAAAAUGGCAUUCCAUUAAAGAGUUUUUCAGAAGGAAGUAUUUAUUGUUGGCUUUUUGCUCAGCAAAUGUAAGUUGGACAAACUGAUGGCAAAGUUCUAUUUGUAAAAUUAGCCCUGUAUAAAGUGUAAAGAUGAGGUUGUAAUUUAAAAUGUAUUUACAGUAUUGACAACGCUAAUUACCUAGUAAUCACAUACACAAAAAAUAAAUAAA